GAUUCCAACUGGAAAGCCAGAGAACAAGGAGAAGAGGCGCGAUUCAUCCAUGAGAAGGAUCAAGCACAACUAGCUGCUAUCCGCGAUCAGCUCAACGAGGCCGAUAAAGCGCAGCCUGCUAGUAAUACCGCCUCCACACAAGAUAGAGAUUUUGAGGGAGGUUUCGGUGGCCAGGAGGAUCUAGAAGAUCGCUACGCUACCACAAGCGGGGAGCAUUAA